AUGGAAAUACGACUAACCGGCGACCACCAAGCGACGGCUGUGCGCCGCCGAAUUCUGCCUUCAGCUGUGGUUGCAUGGCUGGUCCGGUUCGGCUUUACACGCGUCGCAGGCGAAUGGACGGGCUCGUUUCGCGCGUCGGGUUUCGCUCGCCUCGUGGAUAGACCCACUUUCGGUUUCAUCCUAGCUGCCGAGGUUUCUUGCUGUGGAGGCACGAUGGGGACGAAGCUUCCGACGAAAGAGGCCAAUCAGUUCAAACUUAUUGUGAAAUCGUACGAGACGAAGCAGUACAAGAAGGGGCUCAAGGCUGCGGAUGCGAUUCUCAAGAAGUUUCCGGAGCAUGGCGAGACCCUGGCGAUGAAGGGCCUGAUAAUGAACUGCAUGGAGAAGAAGACCCAGGCUUAUGAGCUCGUGCGCAAGGGCCUCAAGUUCGACCUGUCGUCGCAUGUGUGCUGGCAUGUGUACGGGCUGCUGUACCGGUCGGACCGGGAGUAUCGAGACGCCAUCAAGUGCUACCUCAAUGCUCUGCGCAUUGACCCCAACAACCAGCAGAUCCUCAAAGACCUCUCGCUGCUGCAGGUGCAAAUGCGGGACACGGCGGGGUUUGUGGAGUCCAGGCGGCAGCUGCUGACCUUCAAGCCCAACCACCGCGCCAACUGGAUCGCCUUUGCUGUCGCCAACCAUAUCAAUGGCAGGUUGGACGUGGCAACUCAGAUCCUGUCAGCGUAUGAAGGCACUCUGGAGGACGAGUCCCCUCUUGAUGGAGACAAAUACGAACACAGCGAGAUGCUUCUUUAUAAGGUGUCGCUGCUGGCGGAGGCAGGCAAGCACGCGGAGGCCCUGGAGGAGCUGAACAAGAAGCAGCGGCACAUCGUGGACAGGCUGGGAGUGAGGGAGCAGAGGGCGGAGCUGCUGCACCUUACAGGGCGUAGCGAGGAGGCUAGAAGCGAGUAUGAAGCUCUGCUGGCAAUCAACCCGGACAACUACAAGCACUACGAGGGGCUGCAGGCAUGCAUGGGGUUAAAGCCUGCCUCGGAUGGGACCUCCUACAUGCCCGAGCAGCUGGAGCAGCUGAAAGAGCUGUUCAAAGGGCUGCAGGAGAAAUACCCCAAGUCCGCUGCUGCUAAGAGAAUACCGCUGGACUUCCUCCAAGGGGCGGACUUUGAGGCAGCACUGCAGCCACAUGUGAGGCGGUUCAUCCGCAAGGGCAUCCCCUCCCUCUUCUCCGACCUUGAACCGCUCUACGACCAGCCGGGCAAGGCGGACAUCAUGGACAGGGUCUUCACAACCACGCUCCAAUCCAUCCGCUCUUCCGGGAAAUUCCCACCUCUCAGUGACUCGUCAGCAGAAGAGGACAAAGAAAACCCCUCUGUGCUUCUCUGGCUUCUCUAUCUGAUGGCUCAGCAUCUGGACAGGCGGGGCAAGGUGGAGGAGGCAUUGGCAAUCAUCGACGAGGCGAUUGCUCACACGCCCACACUCAUGGAUGCCUACCUCGUCAAGGCGCGCAUCCUGGACAGGGCGGGGGACUUUACAGCAGCAGCGCGGCUGGCAGACGAGGCGAGGAGCCUAGACCUGGCGGACAGAUACCCUCAACUCAGAGGGCCGUCAGCCACAUGCUCAAGGCCGACCAGGUACGAGCUGGAGAGUGGCGACAGCUACCUGCGACAGAAGAACUACGGGCGGGCGUUGAAGAACUACCUGGCUGUGCACAAGCACUAUAACGACAUGGUCGAGGAUCAAUUCGACUUCCACACCUACUGUCUGCGCAAGAUGACUCUGAGGGCCUACGUGGCAACGCUGCGCUGGGAGGACCAUCUGCACGCCUUCCCCUUCUUCUGCCAGGGGGCCGUGGGCGCUGUCAAGUGCUACGUGGCUCUGCAUGACCGGCCGGUGGCAUUUUUCCCCUCUGCCCUCCUUCCUGCCCUUGCGCCCUGCUUUUCCCUGAGUUCUCCCCUCUGCCCGCGUUUUGUGCUUUGCCUUCUGUCCCCUCGUUUCCGUUCGGGAAAGCAGGAGGAAGAGGAGGCAGCAGCGGCUGCUGCAGCGGCGGCGGCGGCAGCAGCUGCAAAAGCAGCCAAGAAGGGAGGCUCGGCCAAGCCUGUGGAUGCCGACCCUGAUGGGGUGAAGCUCACUGAGGUGGAGGACAAGCUAGCAGAGGCAUCCAAGCACUCUCACUGCUGCUGCAGCAUGCCGGCUCGGAGCUCUCAUCUCUGCAAGUGGCGUUUGAAGUGUUCUCUCGGAAAAAGAAGCUCCUGCUGUGCCUGCAGGUGGUGCGGCCGUUGCUCAACGAGCAUCCACAUGCGCCCCUCACACUCUCCUGCCUGGUUCGCUUCUUCCUCACACUGCGGGAUCUACCCCCGGGAGAAUCAGAAUCGGAUAAAAUCGUCCGCGCAGUGA